CUAAUACAAAAAUUAUUGGGAAAAAUGUUAUUUUAGUGCCAUACAGGGCAGAACAUGUACCAAAUUUUGUUCGCCUUUAGACCCCAAGUACUGGUCAAAAUGUGCUUAUUGCCUAGAUAAUGUGGUUUCAAGAUUGACAGAGAGCAUAUGUAAGACCACUAUUCAGAGGACCUGAAGGAAGUAACUAGAUAUCAUGGAUGGAUGCAAUCUGAAGAGCUUCAGCAUCUCACUGCCUCUGAACCAUUAACACUCGAAGAAGAAUAUUCAAUGCAACAAAGCUGGCUUCAUGAUGCCAACAAAUGCACAUUCAUCAUAAUUGAAAAACAAGAAUUCAAAAGAAGUGGCAAUGAAAUUGGUUCCAUGGUAGGAGAUACAAAUCUGUUUCUUCAAGAACCUGAAGACAGUCAGUCAGCAGAAAUUGAAAUAAUGAUUGCUGAAGAAAAAGCCAGAGGCAAGAAAUAUGGCUGGGAAGCAACUUUAUUGAUGCUGUGUUACGGGUGUGAAGUCCUUGGAAUUAAAAAGUUCCAAGCCAAAAUUGGUCUGGACAAUGUUAAAAGCAUAUCCAUGUUCUCCAAGAUGGGAUUUAAUAAAGUUAGUGAAAGUAACAUCUUUCAAGAAGUUACCAUGGAAAGGAUAGUUGACAAUGGCUGGAAGACCUGGCUCCUGGAACAAACACAAGGCUCAGAACAAGUGAAAGAUUAGUAUCUAUCUUUGUCCCAAUAGUUGCAUGUGGAUAGUGACUGAGAACAGGUUAAAACUGCAGUGUUGUCUCAAAAUUGUUGAUUUACAAUUAAGAAAUGGGAAUCACAGCUGAGAGUUACAUUUGCAUCACUGAAGGACAAACUUUUUUUUUAAAUAUUUUAUUGUAUACUGUAUAAGAUAACAAAAGUAUUUUAAUGUAAACUAUAUAAAGUAUGUAAUAGAAAUAAA